AUGGGUACCAAUUGGAUCGUCGCGUUCACGAUCGCCUGGCUAACGUGUCCGGUGGUGAAUGGAAAAGUGACCUGCCGCGAGGUGCAAAUGGCCCGUGAUUGCGAGGCCCUUUGCAAGAGGAAUGAUCACGGCGUGGUCUCCUGCGAGCUAAGGGUGGCUGUCAUCCUACCGGCGGAUCCUAGGUUCGAUAUCGCGUUGCCAAAGGUUCUACCGGUUCUCGAUUUGGCCGUCUACGAGGCGAGAUCGCGAGGCCUCGUACCCCAUUGGCUGAAACUAGAGUUCCUUCCGCAAGACGAUCACUGCGACGCGAUGUACGCUCAGAUCGGCGCGAUCGAUAGCUUCUCGAAUUGCGUUCAUCUGUUCCUCGGCCCUGCUUGCGAUUACUGCGUAGCGGCUGUUGGCAGAGUGGUGAAAUUCUUCGGUGCCCCGUUGAUCACUACCGGUGGCUUCACCUUUGACUUCACGGAGAAGAAGACCGAGUGCAAAGACGAGUACUUUAUGACGACUAGAAUCGGGAAAGUGGCGUUUCGGGAUCUGGCGAAUUUUAUCGUCGCUCUGAUGAAUCGAUACGAGUGGCGGAAGGUACAUCUGGUGUACGCGACCAACGGACAGAGUCAGGUCGCCGGCAGGCACACUUGUCAGCUGACGAUGAAGUCCAUGGUGGAGUUUAUCAAGAAACAGCCAAAUUUUACCUUCGGCACGUUCGACGUCGAGACCACCGUCGUUGAAGAUUACACGGAGGCUCUGAGAGAUCACGUGGGCAACUGGUACGGUGAUGCCUUUUUGGGCCCCGUGUGCGAUUACGUGAUCGCGCCAGUCGCGAGAUACGCCGGGGUCUGGGGUAUCCCCGUGUUAACAGCGGGCGCUCAGGCCGAGGCGUUCCGUUACAAGGGUGAACACUACCCCACGCUGACCAGAAUGAUGGGCUCCCAUCGGUUGGUAGGCGAGGCGCUCAGGCAUAUUUUGAAGCGAUUCGGAUGGAAGAUCGCCGGACUUCUCUAUCACAAUCACGCGAUGGCGAGCAGUCGUGGACAUUCCGAGUGCCAUUUCACCCUCAGCGCCGUUUUCACCGCCCUCAAUCAGACCCCGGUUUAUAGAAGCUUCAACGAGAAAUCUUCUCUUCUUCGCAAAUCUGUCUAUUCGAUCUGUUUGCUCGUUUCAGUUGUAGUGAUGUGCGCGAACGCGACGACCAUCAGGGAGAUCCUGCUGGCUGCCGAGGAGCUCGGAAUGGUCGAUUCCGGAGAGUACGUGUUCUUCUCCAUAGAGUUGUCGUCCAGCGACAACAACUCGAAGGAGCCGUGGAGAGUAGAAACCGACACGGAGGAGAGAAACGAGAAAGCGCGGAAAGCGUACCAGGCCUUAUUGACCGUCACCGCCCGUACGCCCGACAAUUUCGAGUACUUGAACUUUUCGCGAGAAGUGAAGGCUCUCGCCCAGAGCAAAUACAAUUUCACAUUUGGAAAGAAUUCAGUCUCGACUUUCGUCACCGCCUUUUACGACGCGGUCCUUCUCUACGCGCUCGCCCUUAAGGAGAGCUUACCGGAACAUCCUGGCAUCAUGAACUUGGACGGUGGUAAUCUUACCAGGCGGAUGUGGGGUAGAAGCUUCAAAGGUAUAACGGGUGACGUGAAUAUCGACGAGAACGGGGAUCGAAUAGCGGACUACUCUCUUCUCGAUAUGAAUCCAGAGACGUCCACGUUCGAGAUCGUGGCUAAUUACUACGGCGCCAAUAAGACGUUGGAAUACAUUCCCGGGAAGAGAAUUCAUUGGUCUGGUGGUCGAUCGGAACCACCACCGGACACGCCCACUUGCGGCUUUGACGGUUCCCUGUGUCCCGACAAUUCUCUGCCAGGACACGCGAUCCUCUCGAUGGUACUGAGCUCGAUCGUCGUCGUUCUUGCCGUUGCCUCCGUCUUCAUUUACAGGCACUUCAAGCUCGAAGCGGAAAUAGCCUCCAUGACGUGGAAGGUGCACUGGAACGAGAUUAUCGUCGUACCGAAUGCGAGAACCAGAGGCUCCAUGUAUUCGUUGAUCGCGAACAGGACGCGGGGUAGCCAACUGACCGUAUACUGGGACGAAAACGUCAGUCUGCCAGGCGAAGUAGACAGGAACGUCUACGUUCCAACGGGAAUUUACAAGAAUUCUAAGGUCGCCAUAAAACUGAUACCCAGGAACAAAGUGGAAAUCUCCAGGCCUUUGUUACUCGAAUUGAAGAGGAUGAAGGACCUUCAGCACGAUCAUCUGGUACGAUUUUACGGUGCCUGCAUCGAGCCACCGCACUGCUGUCUUCUAACCGAGUACUGCCCCAAAGGGUCUCUUCAGGAUAUAUUGGGAAACGAUCAGAUCGAGCUGGACCGUGUGUUUCGCGGUUCCCUCAUCCACGACAUUGUUCGGGGAAUGGCGUACCUUCACGCGUCCGAGCUAAAGAGCCACGGGAACUUGAAAUCGUCCAACUGCGUGGUCGAUUCGCGCUUCGUCCUUAAGAUCGCCGACUUUGGACUGCACGAGCUGAGGAAGGGGAUCGGCGACGAGGAGGAGAACGACAAGAGCAGCUACGCCUAUUGGGGAAAGCAGCUGUGGACGGCACCGGAAUUGUUGCGGAUGGAGAGACGGCCGCCGGAGGGCAGUCAAAAGGGCGACGUGUACAGCUUCGGUAUAAUCGUUCACGAGAUCGUGGUACGCCGGGGACCGUUUCACUUGGGCAACGACUGUCAUCUCUCCCCAAGGGAAAUCGUGGAGGGAGUGAAGAGGGGCGGAGGUUCGCCGUUGAGGCCCGCGAUCGACGAGUCCUCGGUCGAGGAGGAAGUGGCAACCUUGAUGAGGCGAUGUUGGGCACAAGACGCCGCGGACAGGCCGGACUUUCCCGCGCUCAAGCAAACUAUACGGAAAAUUAACAAAGAUUACGAGAGCAGCAAUAUCCUCGACAAUUUACUCUCUCGCAUGGAACAGUACGCUACCAAUUUGGAGACUCUGGUGGAGGAGCGUACCGCGGAUUAUUUCGAGGAGAAGCGCAAAUGCGAGGAGCUUCUCUAUCAAUUGUUGCCCAAAUCCGUAGCGUCUCAGCUGAUACACGGCCAGAGCGUGAUAGCCGAGACUUACGAUCAAGUCACCAUCUACUUCAGCGAUAUCGUAGGAUUCACCAAACUCUCGGCCGAGAGUACGCCCCUUCAGGUGGUAGACGUACUCAACGAUCUCUAUACCUGCUUCGACUCCAUCAUCGAGAACUUUGACGUUUACAAGGUGGAGACGAUAGGCGACGCUUAUAUGGUAGUGUCGGGAUUACCGGUGAGAAACGGGACGAACCACGCGAGGGAAAUUGCAAGGAUGAGCUUAGCGCUGAGAGAUACCGUGAUGACGUUCCGUAUACGUCACAGGCCGAGCGAGCAGCUCAAGCUUCGAAUUGGGAUGCACUCGGGACCCUGCGUGGCUGGUGUGGUUGGCCUCAAGAUGCCCAGGUAUUGUCUGUUCGGCGACACGGUGAACACAGCUUCCAGGAUGGAGAGCAACGGAGAAGCUCUGAUGAUCCACGUCAGCCCGAAGACGAAAGAAAUCUUGGACACGUUCGGCACGUUCGAGCUGGUCUGCAGAGGCGAGGUCACUCUAAAGGGCAAAGGCACGAUGACCACGUACUGGUUGAUCGGCGAAAAAACACCGAGGAACCUUCAGCCUACGUCCUCGCCGGCCAGCUCUACGUCUGUACGAACCGUGACAACCACCACGGCUAAGACGAUCACGGCGACCAACCAUCCGCCGAUAUUGCUCAACCAACCACCGCGCGAAGAACGAGCAACCCCGACGAUUCAUCGACCGGACGAAAUGACGCAAGUGAACCAGGUACAGGAUAAACGAUCCUCCCAGACGGCCGCGGCGCAGCAAAACUCCCAGGAGCAGAAUCUUCGAGCUGGCCAAAAGGGAUCGUCCGCCGAGGAGGCGCAACGACGCCAGUCCAAUCAACGAAACAGCCAACAGCUUCGACCACAGACUGCUAAUCAGCGCGAAACCCAAAUUCAGACUCGAAAAGGAGGUGGUAACGACGGCGCGUUCGGAACGGGAAACGGCGCGGUGAGUCGCGGUCUAACGAUAGCCAGCGGCUCCCCGUCACGGAAUCGCUCGUCCGUCGGCUCGACGACCUCCCAGGGGCGACGUUCCUAUCAAGCCGGCGAGAGCGUGUCGAAUCACACGGAGAGCGGUCCAAACGCGCCGCUUCUCGUACCCGCGACACCGCCGCCGCGAGUCUAACUCGCGGUUCCUCUACGUUCACGCAGUGCUCCUCGUCCGUAACGUAAAUCUUUAUCGCCGUGCAGUUUCGCGUAGAAUAAUAGGCAACGAAGCAACUUGCAUCGAUCGGUGCACGCACCCGGUCGAAAUUUGGGUCCACACCUUCGAAGUAAAAGAAUCGAAAGCAUCUACCGAGGGCCGGUGCUUUCGACAGAGAAAUAGAGGAAUGUUCAGAAAGCGAGACGCACGCCGUGAAACGAAUCAUUUUUUGCGCCUGCGCGAAAAUCGAUCGAAAAGCCAGUUCGGAGAACGGAGACGACGAAGGGGCGUUUUCGAGAAGCCCAAGACCAAUCGCAAAUCGAUCGAGAAACGUCACGUUGCUGCGCGCCCCUCUCAACCAGUACCACCGCUGCUCGAUUUUUCGAUCGAAACGCACCCCCUCGGAACGCGAGAACACGCGCGUCUAAAUCAAGUUCCAUAGCGUAACGAAUGAUCGAAGUGGAGAGGAACAGUAAGAAGGACAGGCGGAACGUUACGCGUUCUCGCGCGUACCCGUCUUUCCAUCUGCUGCAACAGAUUACACACACACACACACACACAC